GUUGACUGGUGCAUGGAAUUAAAUAACUUGUAUACAAAGGUUAUUCACAGCAGCAAAGGCCCUAAUUGCACUAUAGACCACAUAAUCUUGGAAUCACCCCUUGUCCAGGUUUAUCAUAACUUACAACAGGCUUUUGAAGAAAAUUUCUUGCAUUCACACCUCACAACUUAA